AGGCAGUCGAGCUGGCCAAGCACGCCGGGGAAGUCGGCGCGGCAGCAGUGAUGGUGGUGCCGCCUUUCUACGACCCGGUCAACUACGAACAGCUCACGGAGAUGAUGAGCGAGAUCCACACCGAGUCGAAGCUGCCCAUCAUGUACUACAAUAUCCCGUCCGCGAGCGGGCUGACCUUGACGCCGCAGCAGAUCGCGGAUCUGUCGAAAGUCGGCGUCAAGUACCUCAAGGAUACCUCCGGCAAUGCGCCGGCGUACACGGAGCUGGUCUUCGGCUUGUCGGAUAAGAUCACCGCGUUCAACGGCUGGGAUACCCUUACGUUCUAUGGUUUGGCGGCUGGAGCGCCGGGCUGUGUCUGGGGUGCCGCGAACGUUAUCCCGGAGUUGGCGGUGCAGCUGUGGGAGGCUAUUGCUGUGCAGGGUGAUUUGAAGCGUGGUCGGGAGCUUUGGGCCAAGGCUUUCCCUGUCUGCAAGUUCCUCGAGUCGCAUAACUAUGCUGCUGCGGUGAAGACUGGCGUUGAGCUGACUGGUCAGCCCACCGGUGGUCUGCGGAAGCCCUUUGCCCUGUUGGCGGACCAGCACAAGGCUGAGUUGGCGUCGUACAUGCAGUCGGCGGGUGUGAAGACUGUUUAAGGGGAGGUUGUUGGGGGGAGG